AUAAAGCGGCGUGGAUGGUUGAGAAUGUAAAUUAUACAGUCAACCAUCAACACGCUGUAACGACGAAAAUAUGAAUCCGGGUGGUCGCAGGCUGAAACAAUGGCUUAUAGAACAGAUCAAUAGUAACAUCUAUAAUGGACUGCUGUGGGAGGAUGAGAACCGCACUAUGUUCAGAAUACUGAAACAUGCUGGAAAACAAGACUACAACCAGGAGGUGGAUGCGUCCAUCUUCAAAGCGUGGGCGAUAUUUAAAGGGAAGUUUAAGGAGGGGGAUAAAGCUGAACCAGCAACAUGGAAGACUAGAUUGCGCUGUGCACUCAACAAGAGCCCAGAUUUUGAGGAAGUUACUGACCGAUCCCAGCUUGACAUCUCAGAGCCUUACAAAGUGUAUCGGAUUGUGCCAGAGGAGGAACAGAAGUUGGGUAAAGCCUCUGGCUGCAUCACUGAUACUGAAAAGGGCUGCUCACCAAGCCUGGAUGAACUUCUUAAAGAGUCUCCAAAUGAUGAAUACCUGGGCAUCCUGAAGCGUAGUCAUUCUCCCCUUGAUGAAGGCAGUAACAUGCCUUCAGUGCAGGAAUGGUGGCACCAAGGAUCUCACAAUGCUGCCGUUGUUCAUCAAGAUCCUGCGGGUACAUUUAAUGCUGCAUUCUCUCAGAUGAUGAUUUCUUUCUACUAUGGCGGUCGGCUGGUGGGUAGCACAGUUACCACUCAUCCAGAGGGCUGCCGUAUCUCCCCCUGCCAGCCCCCUCUGGCUGGUAGCUUCUUGUAUGGACCAGACAGUCUUCAGAAUAUCCGCUUCCCAUCUGCUGAUCUCAUUGAGAACGAGCGUCAGCGCCACAUCACCCUUAAACUUUUCAGCCAUUUGGAGCGUGGUGUACUGCUGCGUGCUAACAGAGAGGGCAUUUUUAUCAAGCGCCUGUGCCAGAGCAGAGUGUUCUGGAGUGGCCAGGACCCUCAGUAUAACCCCAACCCCUGUAAACUGGAGCGAGAUGCUGUGGUGAAAAUCUUUGACACUGCCAGGUUCCUGCAAGUGCUGCAGUUAUAUCAGGAGGGUCAUUAUCAGUCUCUGGAGCCCACUGUCACACUCUGUUUUGGGGAAGAGUUUAAUGAUUUCAGCACUGUCAAGAGCAAAUUAAUCAUUGUACAGAUCACAGCAUUGAACUGCCAGCAGUUUGUGGAUGCAGUGACCGCCCGGCGAUCCCAGUACAGCAGCGGGAAUCUGGAAAUCUCAGAUGAAAUGGCCGGUGAUCAGAUGGCUCGAAUAUAUCAGGAUCUAUGCAGCUACCCAGUUCCCCAACGAGCUUCCUGUUUCAGGGACAACCUGCCGAUUCCAGUCUGAGGCAGAUAUCUAAGCCAGCUCAAAGAAUGAGUUCGUUUUGUUGAACAAAAAGUGAUGCCUUUAAAAUCUUAUUACAUAAAAAAAUGAUUGACUUCUGUCUUUAUAGUAUCCUGUUUUCUCAGGGCAGAAAAUAGUAUCUUAUAGAAGGUUUGCAAUGUUCUCAGGGAUGAUGUGCUCGCUUGUACUCAAGGAAAUUUUAUUUCUUUGUCUUUGUUUAUAUUCUAGUGUUUCCAGAAGAUUUUUGGCCAAAACAUUGAACUUUAUCUUUCUUUUUUAUUCACUGUAAAGUUGAUAGGUUUUACUAUCUGUAUUAUUUUUUUUUUUUUUUU